CCACGCUGCUCUACAUCACCGUUGUGUCCUCACUCACUGUUCUGCAGCUUCACACAAAGAGAAGAAGAAGAAGAAGAAGAAACAGAAGAACGAAAAGAAGAAGAAAAACAAGAAGAAGGAGAAGAAACUGCGUCCUCACGUGUGAACAUAGAUCCCGUCUCCACCAAUAGGAAGGCGGCGCUGCACUGGUCUCCGGCUCCAUGGCGAUGCAGCUGAGCGGGGCGACGACAGAACAGUGGGAACGGUCCAGAUGACACAGUCUGAACUGUGCUGACAGAACAAGAUGAGCAGCUGAUUGACCUCUCCGGCAACACAUCCUUCCUCCCGCCGUCGCCCACCGCCAUCGUCCGUGCGGCCAUGUGGCCGAGGAGGAAGCUGUGCGUUGUCCUGGCGAUCCCCGCCAUCCUCUUCCUCAUGCUCGCCAGUCAGAGCAUCCAGAAGAGACACUUCCCGCUUCUGUCCUUAUCCCCGCCCACCAGCCGGGAGUCAGUGGUUGAACUCACAGCGCCUCCUGCUGACCUGACCCCUGACCCCCCCGAGACGCCCCCUCGUCCCAGCGCCGCCCGAUCCAAAGCCGAGGAUGAGCCUGCAGUCGACUCCCAGAAGGACCUGAGGCCGUGCGGCUGUUCUGAAUCCUGUAUCUCGGAACUCGGGACGUCGCGCUGGUUCAGCUCACACUACGACCCCAAACAGCAGCCCGUCCUCCGAGACACCAACAACAACUUUGACCCCGACGCACUCAAAUGGUGGCUGGGUCUUCAACAGUCUGGAAACGACCGGACUUUGGAGGAAGUGAUGUCAGAGAUGUUCCAGGUCAUUUCCCCGCCCACUGUGGACUACAAGCCCCUCCCCUCACUCUGCCGGAGCUGCGCGGUGGUCGGCAACUCUGGCAAUCUGCGACAGUCUGGAUAUGGCCGGCAGAUCGACUCCCACAACUCCGUGAUGCGGAUGAACAAGGCAGUGACUCACGGGUUCGAGAAAGACGUGGGGAAUCGGACCACGCAUCACUUCAUGUACCCGGAGAGCGCGGUGGACGUCGCGAGAGGAGUGAGCCUCGUCCUGCUGCCGUUCAAACUGAGAGACCUGGAGUGGCUGAGCAGCGCCUUGUCCACCGGCCAGGUCAAAAUGACUUACAUGAGGGUUAAAGACCGAGUGGAGGCCGAUAAAGACAAGGUUCUGGUGGUGAACCCGGUUUUCUUUAAGUACGUCCACGAUCGUUGGACUGAUCGUCACGGACGCUACCCCUCCACAGGGAUGCUGGCCAUCAUCUUUGCUCUGCACACCUGUGACCAGGUGUCGGUGUUUGGUUAUGGCGCCGACAAGCUGGGGAACUGGCAUCACUACUGGGAGGAGAAUCGCUACGCCGGCGCCUUCAGGAAGACGGGCGUCCACAGCGCCGACUUCGAGACGCAGGUCAUUCAACAGCUCGCAAAGGAGGGAAAGAUCACUCUGCACCUGUUACACGACAACUGAACUGCUGACCGACCGACAGACAGACAAACAAACGUAUCGACUGACAGAUCUACUGACUAACCUACAGACGGACCUGGAGACAUGUUGACCUACAGACCGACCUGGAGACAUACUGACCUACAGACAGACCUGGAGACAUGUUGACCUACAGACCGACCUGGAGACUUGUUGACCUACAGACAUACCUGGAGACCUACUGACUUACAGACAGACCUGGAGACAGACUGACUUACAGACAGACCUGGAGACAGACUGACCUACAGACAGACCUGGAGAAUUGUUUACCUACAGACAGACCUGGAGACAGACUGACCUACAGACAGACCUGGAGAAUUGUUUACCUACAGACAUACCUGGAGACCUACUGACCUACAGACAGACCUGGAGACAGACUGACCUAGAGACAGACCUGGAGACAGACAGACCUACAGACAGACCUACAGACAGACCUGGAGACAGACUGACCUACAGACAGACCUGGAGAAUUGUUUACCUACAGACAGACCUGGAGACAGACUGACCUACAGACAGACCUGGAGAAUUGUUUACCUACAGACAUACCUGGAGACCUACUGACCUACAGACAGACCUGGAGACAGACUGACCUAGAGACAGACCUGGAGACAGACAGACCUACAGACAGACCUGGAGACAGACCGACCUACAGACAGACCUACAGACAGAUCGACCGACCACCUCUUGGAGGUGGGAGGAGCUCAACCUGCCUCCCCCAGCUGGUGGGGGGAGGAGGACUCUGAUCUCCUCCCUGUGCCGACUCCUGCUGGUUUUAAUGAAUUCCAGCUUCUCUUGAACAAAUAAAGACAGUGUUUUUUCUUCGGGACUCUCCACUCUUGAUGCAGACAGACCGUCCUGCCUUCUGCGACUGCGUGGGUCGACCACAAGUUUUGCUCUGAGUGGGGAAACGACCACAGGCCCUGAUGUUUUUUUUAUUGGAUUUUAUAGACAUUAUACAGGGAUAACCUCUUUCUUUUUUAUUAAAAGCACUUUGACCUGAAGGAGAAAUGGCAUGAAGAGGCCAUGUCGUUACUCUGUCACAUGAAUAUUUUCAUAUCCUUUAUAAUCCAUCCAUUUAUUUUUUAUUUCAACUCGAGCCGUCCUGAUGUUUGAGGAUCCCGACUGGAAACAGGACGACGCCCCUUUGAAGUUUUCCGCCGCGUCAUCGCUUCUUUUGGAUCCUGAAACCAAUGUCACUUCCUGUCGUCACCAUCAAUGGUUCUCAGCCUGUGGUUUAUUAUUUCGGCAGGUUUUCAGCUGAUUUCACUGAUCGUCCAAAACGGGAACUUUAGUCCGGCAUUGAGUGACGAUCUCAUUUUCUAAUCACAGUUUUCUGCCUCUGGUUAGUGUAACAAAGUUCGUGAUGAGUAGCAAAACCAAAUAAUAAGACUAACUGUUGGGUGGAGCUGCAGACGGCUGGACUCCACGAACACCUUUCGACGGACAGAUGUGACUCCGGAGGCACAAGGACGAGGAGACGACGUUUAACUAAAGAUUUAUUAAAUAGAACUUAACAAGGACAAAGUCCAACAAUCAGUGACGUUUUCCAGUGAGUGUGGUGCAUGGAUGCAGUGCAAUGUACUUGGAUUUGUUUUCUUUCUUCUCUUUUGAAUGACAAACAAAGUCUGAAGUCCAACCAAAAACAACCAACCACAUGAAUGAAGAAGGACCGAGCAGUCGGUCACCUGACUGCUGGAGACAACAGCAGUGGGGCUGUUUCACUCCUCGACUGUGAAUGUACAAAAAAACAAAAAACUGUUGCAUAUUAUCAGUCGUCUAAAAAUGUUUGUGGCCUUGUUUGCACUAUGAAGUGUGUCGGGGCGUUUUCACAUCGAUGUUUGUCUGAUUCUGAGUCGGAGUUCGCCCCUCUUAUAAAGGGGCAGUACGCCAUUUUAAUCCCAAUCCACGUUUUUGUAAAAUUUAGCGGAUUUAGUGACAGACGCUACGACAGGGGUCAGGGCUUGAGAUUAGUGCGUCCGUCUCCCAUACCCACGGGCAUAGCACCAAAUUCUGGGCCCCCAAUCUCUGCCGGUUAGCUAGCUAGCAAUAGCAGCUGUGUCGAUCUCAGCUGGGUAGCUGCUAGCUAGCGGCUCCAGGCUAACAAUAUUUGUCAAACAUCGCGUACUGCCCCUUUAAAGUGCAGAUUCAGUUGUGUUAAACUGCACAAUUUGUGUUUUCAUUUUGUUCCUUCAGUUCAUCCUUUUUAACAAGAGGCAGUGUAUCAGAUCAGCAGCAGCUUUGGAAAAACCACUUAAAGCUACAGUGUGUAAUAUUUGGAAGAACUUAUUGACAGAAAUUGAAUAUAUUGUCCAUAACUAUGCAUUUAUAUACGUAUAAUUGCGAUGUUUUAGCUGAAGUGUCCCCUGUCGGUUGCUCGGUUGGUUGCGGUUUGUAACUUUACCACCAGAUGCCGCCAGAAAAUUACACACAGGGGCUUUAAGAUCAAGAUUAAUAAGGUCCAUUGUCCAUUCAUCCAUCUUUCACAUUAUUCUUAUUUUUAUGUCAGUGCAUUUUCGCUAUCAUUUUCAUUUGCACAGUUAAUGAUGCAAAAUCGAACAUUUCUCAAAGAUAUUGUAACGUUUAUCAGAAGCGCUCUCUCUGUAAAUAUUGCAGCUGCUUGUACGAGGUGAUAAAACCAGUAUAUAACGGAUCUAAUCUCACCGUUCUGCUUCGAGUGGUGAGUUCUGAAUCAUGGAAGAUUAUCAAAAGCCAUUUCAGAUCAACUCAUUUAGCAGGACAGUUGUUAAUGGUAAUAUUAUGGGAGGCAUCUACUCGCCGAUUCAGACAAACUGCCCGUGUGAAAUCGCCUCGAGACUGAUGUUCAGUAACCAUCUGUUGGUGGAACAUGUGGUCCGACCUCAAAAUGUUUCCUCUGGCUGUUUAUGUUCAUGCUGGAAGGCAGGAGGAGGACAAAGUUCAGUCCCUGCGAACAUUCACGCCUCCACACAGCUGACGGCUUUCAGAAAGUUAUUGCUGGAUGCAGUUUUCAGAAACCCGACGAGUUCUUGUUGUUGUUGUUGUUGUUGUUGUUAGUGUGAAGCCGACUGAGGCCUUGUAAAAAAUAAUCACGAAUGCUGAAUCAUCAUCCUGGAGGUUGUUGCUCGUCAGGUUGAGCUCAAUCCUCUUUGUUCGGAACAAGUCGCACGGUCUCGUGAUCCCGGAGCCGCGGUUUGACCUGAAACAUCCGCUGCUCGUUUGAACGGUUUCCAUUCACUUCCCCAGGAAAACUUCCUGCUUGUAAACCCGAGGAUAAUUGUCCACUUUACGAGUGUGACGAGGAUCCUGAACCUCAGUCCCGCCCCCCUGGUUCCUGAGCUGGAUGUAACAAGUUUUGGGAUUUGCAGUUGUUCUACACAGAUUUAGUUCCUUACACUCAGAAAAUCAAAAAAAAUGCAGCUUGUGGUGAGUAUAAAUCCAAAGUUGUGCUUAUUAGAAUCCCUGCAGGCAGGAAAUGAGGAGGUUAUUUCCGUCAGGGAGGCAGGAAGGUGCAGAUCAACCAAUCAGCUGCUUGUAAUUCCAUAAUAAUCAUUUGAACGUGAUCUGUAGCUUUAGACGACCAAACAACGUGUGUGUGUGUGUGUGUGUGUGUGACACAUGUUCAGCUUUAAAUCAGCUCAACGGUUUUAACUGUGACUGUUUGAUGAGAGAGAGAAAUGUCAGAUAGCAACCUACCGAUCAUCAGUUCAUUCGUAGAUGCCGAACAUAGAGAAGCUCGGAUAUUUCAACAUAAAAAAACUGAAGUUAACAUGAACCCACCACUGUCACUUUGAAUGAAUAAAAAAAUAUAAAACAGCA